AUGGCGACACAACGUGGCCCAGAGUUCACUCCAGUAAGCUGCCCAGCUGAAAUUGAUUCUACGAGUGUUGCAGGUCUCUCUGUACUCAUAACGGGAGGUUCGUCCGCGUUGAGUAAUCUCCCUGACUAUGAGCUGAACUUUUUAGGCAGCAGUGGCCUGGGAGCCGCAUAUGUCAAGGCAUUUAGCGAUGCAGGGGCAUUUGUUACCAACGCAGAUUUGAAGCCGCCGUCGCCGGCUGCUAAAUCCAAUUUGCAACAUAUUCGAUGUGAUGUCACGAACUGGGAAGACCAGGUCGCAGCGUUCAAGGCUGCUAUCACGGGCUCUCCUAGCAAUAGCAUUGAUAUUGUGGUUGCUAAUGCCGGUAUCUCUGGCUCGGACGAGUUCUUCGAAGACGAUGGGGAUGAGCCCCAUAAGCCAACAUUGCGAAUUCUGGAGACAAAUUUACUAGCUAUGAUCUAUACUUCCAAGCUUGCAAUGCAUCAUAUGAAGCGACAGGGCCCUCAUCGAGACCGCUGUCUUGUACUGAAGUCGAGUAUCAUGGGAUACCUAGAUACGAACGGGUCGCCAACAUAUGGUGCAGCGAAGCAUGGUGUCCGUGGUUUGAUGAAGGUACUUCGACGACGAAACGGUCUCAGAGUCAAUAUUGUGGCGCCUUGGUAUAUUGCGACUCCGUUGAUGAGUAAGCUUGUUAUUGAGAGACUGACCACUCAGCUUGAAGCUCAAGGCUCGGGGUUUGCGCUCGUAGAAGAUUCCGUGAAGGCUGUGAUGCGGAUCUCUACUGAUAGGUCUAUCAACGGACGAUCUCUUGCUGUUGUCCCCAGAAGCGUACAGAAUGCAGGUUACAUGGAUAUCAAGCUCGACGAUUUCGCAGAGGAUUCGAUUUAUCGAGAACUGCAAGAAGUAUGCUCAACCCUCACACAUCGACAGCUUGCUCCGAGUGAUCAGAAAGUCUAA